CUUUAUCUAACAAACAAUGUCUCGUCUUCACUCUCCUUCGGAGUGGGUUGCGCCUCUUGUUCCAUUAUUAUCUUUAUUAAUUCUUCCCUUGGGACCUUUAUUGUUUCCAAGAGUUUAUCUUUUUUUAUUAUUUACUUAUUUUACCGUGUUUUUGUAUACUCAAGUCAAUCAUGUAUGCAAAUUUUAUAUGACUUCUUGCAAAAUUCAAGCAACUAUUUCAAAAUGGAAUCGUCGAUCUGCUUCUCAUCAUAUUGAACAACAACCUGCUACUACUAGUCGAAAUGGUUCUCCUAAUUUGACUCGUGAACGAAACAAUAAUCUUGCUUUAGAUGAUAUGGAUGAUAUUGAACAACAACUUGAUUUAUAUGAAGAUCCAACUUAUAUUCAUACUUUUAUCAUUCCUAAUUAUUGUGAACCUGAAGGUUUAUUGAAAGAUACUAUUGGAAGAAUGGCUAAUCACAGAAAUGCCAAGACACACUACGCGAUCAUUAUGGCCAUGGAACAAUCGGAAUCUGAAUGGGAACAAAAGGGACAACGAUUAGCUUCUGUUUUUGCUGAUAGAUUUGCUUAUUUCAUUGUUACUGGUCAUCCUGCCAAUAUUCCUGGUGAAAGUCGUGGUAAAGGUUCCAAUGUUGCUUAUGCUGCAAGAAAUGGUUGUGCCGAACUCUUACGUCGUGGUGUUGAUCGUCGUCGUGUUAUUUUGACCGUUACUGAUUCUGAUUCUGCUAUUCCUGAACUUUAUGUACGUGAAGUCGAAGAUGCCUUACAUCGUGCCGAUGAUCCUCAUUAUUUACUCUUGGCUCCUCCUAUUUUCUUCUCUCGUAACUGCUAUGAAGUUCCUGCUGCCGUUCGUGUCACUGAUAUUACUUGGUCUGCUAUGGUCAUGUCUAAUCUCAGCAAUAGUCGUGGUCUCUCUUUUCCUUGCUCUACUUACUCCUUGUCAAUGAUGCUUGCCGAACGUGUUGGAUAUUGGGAUACGGAUGCUGAUGCCGUAGGUGAAGAUAUGCAUAUGUGGCUAAAGUGUUUUUUCAAAACUAAUGGUCAAGUUCGUACUGCUCCUAUUUAUGUACCUAUCAAUUUGACAAAUGUUCAAACCGAAGGUUAUCUUUCCAAUGUCAAUGCUCGAUAUGUACAAGCCAAACGUCAUUAUAAUGGUGUUGCUGAUGUAGCUUAUACUCUCAAGAAUGCUUUUACUCGUCAUCGUGGUGCUCCCAAAGGUUCUUUAUUGGACGACGCAAGUAGUGGAUUAGCUCUAGCUGCUACCUCCUCUGUUAGUUGGUUGGAUAAGGUCACUGUCUGUUUUUUGAUUUUGGAAGCUCAUAUGAUUCCUGCAACCUCUGGAUGGCUUAUGUUUGCUGCUGUUCCUUUGAUGCAAUUUUUAUUGUUCCCUCCUUUUUCGGCUUUAGCAUUGGUGGAUCCUGCUCAAAAUCCUAUCUUGACAUCUGAUUUUUAUGCACAACUUUGGAAUAUGGUCAAAAUCAUCACUGUUUUACUUCCCUUUCCUUUGUUUGGUACUUUGGCUAUCUAUGAACAACUUCACCGAGCAAUCGAUCGUGAAUUUUUACAAAAAUCCAAGAGUGAAUCUCGUCAAUGGAAGCAUCUAUUGGAUUAUACAAAUUUACCUGUGGCAGCUUGGCUUUUCAUGACUUUACCUUCAACAUUGGCAUGUGUGAAACGAUUAUCUCAAGUGGAACAACAAUAUAUUGUAUCAGAAAAACUAUUCAAGGAUGAAGACACCGUCAUGAUUAUGGAUGAUUUACGACAAGAAUUUCCAGAACAAAAGGUGAACUUGGUGGUGGCUGCAGCAGCUUCAUGAUGAUCUUUUGUCGUGGUUUUAUUUGAUUUUCUUGUACUUUGUC